GGUAUGCAUGAAGAAUGUUGUGACUUUCCUGACUACGAAGAGUAUAUUAGUCCGUUUGCGUUUACUCCUCAAAUCUUAUCAAAAUUGAUAGAUUCUAAGGAUGUAAAUUUAUUGAAAAAUAUUGAUGGUGUAGAGGGCUUAUUGACUG